GCUGGGUAAUGUUGUUGCGAGUCACCUGAUUCUUAUCGCCGCGGGUUGGGGUAGCCGAGCCAGGGACGGGAGUGGGGAGGAAGCGCCUGCCCGGCUGGCCGAGGGUGACGGUGCUCGCGGGACCGGCGGCGAUAGACGAGCAGGGGGGUGCUGGGGCCUCAUAUGAGGUAGGAAAGUUUAAUCCAUAUUUUCUAUGCCAAGACUGAGGUACAGAGAGACUGGCUUGCCUGAGGUCGCACAUGGAGUCUGGGUGACUAAGCUGCAAAUUGAAGCUAGUUUCAGCUUCCAGAGUCUUAUCACUGCAUGGGAAUCGUGGCUUUCAUUUUUUGAAAAGGUUUGAAGAAUAGAAGAAUGUUUUCCACUGAGAGUAGCCCUAAUACUUCUGAUACACAAUGCCUUUAAGCGAGAAGAAUAGUGUGGUUUUUGCAUACGAGUCUUCAGUACACAGUACCAAUGUUCUACUCAGUCUCAAUGAUCAGAGAAAGCAAGAUCUUCUUUGUGAUGUUACUAUUCUAGUGGAAGAUCAGCGAUUUCGGGCUCAUCGAUCUGUGCUUGCAGCUUGCAGCAGCUAUUUUCUUUCAAGAAUUGUGGGACAGUUGAAUGCUGAUCUUCUCAUCACUUUACCAGAAGAGGUGACACUUAAAGGAUUUGCUCCUUUGCUUCAGUUUGCAUAUACUGCCAGACUUAUUUUAAAUAAAGACAAUGUGUCCGAAGUUUGCAAGUGUGCAAAGUUUUUGGGAGUAUAUGAUAUUGAGGAAUCUUGCUUUCAGUUUCUCAAAUUCAAGUUUUUGGACUGUAAAGCAGACCAGCAGGAAUGCCCUAGAAAGAAAUGUUGUACCUCACGCUGUGAGAAAGCAAACGUUAACAUUUCCCUUGUGGAUGAUGGGAACCUGGAAAUAGAUGACGAGGUGGAGGAAUUGUUGGAAGCUGAAUACACUGCAACUCCUAAUUCAAAGCUCAACAAAGGUGAAGAAAAUGCAAAAGUAUGUACUCAUCUCCAAGACAAUACCAAUCAAACAUGCGAUCCUGCAUAUUUAGAAAAAGAUAAUGUUUCUGGCUUGUUUUCCCUAUGCCCAAAAUAUAGGAAGUUCCAGAAAGCUUUUGGGAGUGACAAAGUCCAUACUGGAACCAAUCUCUGCAGUAUUAAAGAUGAUCAGGUAACAUCAGCUACAUCCAUUCAUCAGAGUGAAUCAUUUAAUGAUGCCAUACAAAAAGCUCAGGAGUGUACAGCUGUGCAGCUGGUCUCACAAUGUGAGGAGACUCAGGUAGAAAUGGAAGAGGGGGAGAAAGGUGGGGAGAAAGAAGAGGAAUUGAUGAGAGAGUCUGUGUCUCAGAGUAUCUCAUGUCCUACAGAGAAAACAGAUGCUGUUUCUCUUCCCCAAAACUCUUCUGUUGCACCUCAUGAACUUUGUUCUGCGCCUUUUCUAGGCCCAUAUGAGCAAUACAGCAACUUGAAUUUCAGUGGUAUGCAAAACACAGUUGUAGCUGAAAAAACUGUGACAGGUACUGUCGUUAGGAAUGAUAAACCAAUCAGUGAAAAUCAAGAUGAUUUGCUUUUGAAGUCUGAUUUGUGCGCUAGAGAAGACAUAAGCAUUACAUCAACUAGUGACCGAAGCAGCGUGGAGAGAGAGGUAGCUGAACACCUAGCCAAAGGUUUCUGGAGUGACAUUUACAAUACAGAGACUGCUUGUCAAAUGCGUUUGUCAUCUGCAACAGCAAAAGAAUGCUCAGAACCAAUAUAUUCAGGAAAAAAAUCAGAGUGCCCAUGGUUAGGUAUCAGUCUCAAUGAGAGCCCUGAACCUUGUUCUCAAAGAACUUUUACAACUCUGAACUCUGUCAACUGCCCAUUUAUAAGUAACCUUGGUACUGAAAUAUGCUCAAACAGCCCAGAGAUAAAUAGUGGAGAUUAUAUCCAGGAACCGCAACAAGAACAAUGUUCAUAUACUUGUGUGAUAAGUUUGGGAGAAGACUCUGAAACUGACACUGAGGGAGACAGUGAGUCCUGUUCAGCAAGAGAACAGGAAUGUGAGGUAAAACUGCCAUUUAAUUCACAAAGGAUCAUUUCACUUUCUAGAAAUGACUUUCAGUCAUUUCUGAAAAUGCACAAAUUGACUCCUGAACAGCUGGAUUGUAUCCAUGAUAUCCGAAGGCGAAGUAAAAAUAGAAUUGCUGCACAGCGCUGUCGUAAGAGAAAACUUGACUGCAUACAGAAUCUUGAAUCUGAAAUUGAAAAACUGCAAAAUGAAAAGGCGAGCUUGCUAAAGGAGCGAGAUCACAUUUUGUCAACGUUGGGAGAGACAAAACAGAAUCUGACUGGACUUUGCCAGCAAGUAUGUAAGGAAGCAGCAUUGAGUCCUGAGCAAAUACAAAUACUUGCAAAGUAUUCCACCUUGGAUUGUCCACUUUCACUUUUAGUUUCUGAGAGAGAACGAACGGCUCCUGAUAGCAAGCCUGUGAUCCCAUUGUGUAUAGAAUUACCAGCUGGGCUUUCGGGUGCUGUAUCGGCCAGUGAACAGAGUUCUUGCUAUCCAUAUAUAAGAGGCUCAUCUGAUACUGCUUAUAAUGAAGUGCAGGAACUACGUCCGGUUUCUAUGAAAACGUCGGAGAAAACUUUACUUGUGGAACACUGUGGACAGGGUGGUGGUAUCACAGAUUUCUGUCAGCAGAUGACUGACAAAUGCACUACAGAUGAAUAAAUCUGUUUUGUGAUUGCCAACCUCAACCAUAUGAGAUUUAAAAUAAGGGUUUCAGCAUUAUUAUAAAAUGCCUUAAGUGAAGGGAAAGGCAAAACUUUAUAUUUUGCAAGUGCAUUAACUAGUAUCUGUCCAUCUACAUUACUCAGCAGACCUUUGGGUUUGUUUUAUGUAAUUUUGGGGCAUAAUUUUUUACAUCACUCUUAAGAAAUGUGUCCAUCUCUAAAAGCUUGUACGAGAGCUCAGCCCUUUAGUGCAAACAAGUGGGAUUACUUCUGGAUGGAUUAGGAUACCAGCAUCAUGGUGAUUAGUGGAGUACUAGAACUACUUCUCUGACUUCGUGGCAUCUCAGCCCCAGAUGCUCUUUCAAAAAUCUGUUCUUGUUGUACAGUGACUUGCUAGCAGAUGAUCUUGUGCUUCCUUGUAAAAUGUCUCAUAUGAGGGUCAGAAAACAAAGUAUUUUGAAAGACUAAGACUUGCUUAUACAUGUUACAAUCUUUGGGACCAGUGAAGAUGUUUGAAAAUAACUUUUAAUCAGGAUACCUUUAUGGGUGAACAUAACUUUCAGUGCAUUUUCAAUGGCUUGUAGUUUAAUUCUAACCUUGUACAAUGUAUAAAAAGAAAAUGAGCCAGUUGGGUUUUGUUCAUUACUUAUUAUGUAAAGAAUAAACCCAAUCUUUAAAAUAAGACAAAUGAGGGGGGGAAAUAAUCCCUGCUGUAGGGGUUUUUUUUUUCCUUGUGUUAGAGGUAAAUUGUGUACAAAUAAUCCUUCAUUGCUUAGCUGCUGUUCUGAAACCAGACAUCUUAAGUACCAAACUUCACAAUAGAAAAAAAUACUUUGUUAGUUUACAUAACAAAACAUAGAAGAACCUUGUACAAGCCAAUGGAAUUCUUCAUUUUCUACCUCAAUGUACAUUAAAUUUUUUAUCUUUGUGUGCAUGUAUGGAAGAUCAUCUUUUUUUUCCAAUUGCGACUGUAAAUAUUGGCUUUGAAGGUUUAUCUUAUUUUAUGGUGAAACAGAAUUUUUGCCUCCAGGAUACUAAAACAUAACUCUUUCUGAUAAGGUGCUUGGUUUAAGCUCUCUCUAUAUAGGUAACUUAGCAUUAAUAAGAUUUAUAUUAUAAAAAGUGUAUUGUAAACCAUUGGCCAAAUAUAAAAGAGUUGACAAAUCUCAACAGUACUUCUAAUAACCAGAUGUAAUACAAGUAAAUACACUACCUCAUAUCCAAGUGAUUUCACGUUCAUUCAGAUCUACAGUGACAUUUCUGUUUUUUCAGGACGAAGAAUUUCUAUUAAUGUUGCAUAACAGUGUGAUAUACGCAAGCUUAAAAUAACUGAACUUUUUAAAAAAAUACUACUCCAGUACAACUUGAUGUGGGUUCUACUGGUUGUGGGUAUUUUUUCCCUUCAGAUUAUUGAGAAGAGACUUUUUUUUUAAAUGACUAGCAUUUAUAUAUUGUGACUUUAUAAUGUAUUUACUUAUGAGGAUCACAUUCUCUUCUCUAGCAACCCACUAGCCCUCUUAUCCCAAUGCCCCAUGAUUGGUCAGUUUUGCCACCACAUUUUUCUACUUACAUUAACAACUUAGGGCCCUUUUAUGUAACAUUCUAAAGGUGGUGAUAUUCUAAAAUGGCAUAAUACAAUGAAUUGAGACUAAAUCGUGGGCUUGCAACUUCAUAGUCAAAUUUUUAUCAAUAGGAAUUAUAUAUAAUUUAAAGACCUUUAGUUGGGCUAUGUGGGGGUGGAGAGGGGGCUGGCCAGGGUCUUGCGCAUAUCCAGUGGCUCAAAACACCAACUGUUGGGACUGGGGGUCAGCAGUGACCACUACUUAAGUUCUAGGGCUAGAAGAGCAGCCACAGAGGUGCUGUGCUACAUUGCUGCCACCUGUUCGCAGGUUGGUGUCUGAAUUCUAUCCCACAACUCCCUAGGAUUCCCAAUGCAAAACCAGCAGCUCUGGUUUUGUGGGCAGUAUGGUGAAAUUCAUCCUGUGUGCUUACACUUAAACAUUUUCUAAUACCAGCCUGGUUUGAAAAGUUUGGGGUAGUUUAUUGCCUAACCAGCUGCAUCUAAAUAAAUUGAUUAUUUAAUACAGUAGACCUACAGGUUGCAUGUGGACUUCUAUAGGCUACAUCAUCAACUUGCUAAAGUUAAGAAUGAAUGGCAAUUUUAUGAUACAGGAUUCUCAGGUAAAUAUUGUUUAUUUCAGUUAGAGAUACUCGAUUUUGAA